AUGAAGGCUUUCUCUUCCUCUGCUCUCACCUCUCUUGGCUUCUCUUUGGCAAAGAUUUCAGCUUCACCAUUCAUAUCAGGUUUUAUUUCACCAAUGAUGGAGUUUUCGUCAUCAUCAAAACGGGCUAAAACUCCGGCCGCCAGCAAUAAUAUUAGUGUUUCGUGUUUAGUCGACGGGUGCAACGCUGACCUUGGUCAAUGCCGGGAGUACCACCGCCGGCACAAAGUAUGUGAACUCCACUCCAAGUCUCCAAAGGUCACAAUUGCAGGGAGGGAGCAGCGCUUCUGUCAGCAGUGCAGCAGGUUUCACUCAUUGGCAGAGUUUGACGAAGGAAAACGAAGCUGCCGGAAACGUCUUGAUGGUCAUAACCGGCGACGCCGGAAGCCUCAAUCAGAUUCCAUAUCCAAAACAACGGCAACUUUCCUUUCAAGCCAACAAGGCAUGUCUAGAAUAUUGUCAUUCAACAGCACACAAAUACACUUAAGUUCUGUAGUGGGCUCCGCUAGGACGACAGGAAUCAGACCGGAUAACCACACAAUCGGACCAUUCAACAACCAACCGCCGUUAAACUACCUUACCAGAUCACUACCAACUCCAUCUGCACACAACGGUGGUGUCGGUGGAGACAACCACUUCAACUUUUUCCAACACCGUUCACUGCCGCUACCAGUUUCUUCAACUCAACUAAAUAGAGGCGCCGGCCACUCUCGUGCUCUCUCUCUUCUGUCAUCAUCACCGCCAGCCCAUCAAACUCCGGCAAUCAUGCCACCAAUUUCUAAUGGUAUCAGUCAGUAUGGUUUUGCACAACUAGAGAUGCAUAAUGAAACAAUGCUUACAGAAUCCAGUGGUACAACUCUUCAGUUUCAAGGCAUGUUUAACGAUGAUCAUGGUGACUCGUCUUCGAGUGGGAUUAAACAACAAACGCUGUCGUUUAGGUGGGACUAGUAGGUGGUAAGUGUCAAAGUGUGGUAUUUCUAUUUCAAGGAAAUAUUUGUGUGCUUGUAUGUGUGAGGCUUGUAGUAGUAUUUCUCAUGUAAUGUGGAAUUGGUAGACCACUUGGCUCUUCAAAAUAAUGAAUGGAG